CAAAAUUUUCACUCAGAGCACCACAGCAGUAGCAGCCACCUUCUUCGGUUCCAAAACCAAAGCUUUCUCUCUCUAAUUCGUCGUCGGAGCCAUGGCCUGCGCUAGCGUCAAGCUAAACGCCUUCUCUUCCAAUUGGAUCGGUCAACAGUCUUUCUCCCAGCCCCGUGGAUCGUCCUCUCGCCUAUCCACGCGCCGAGUCGCGGUCCCGAUCCGCGCCGGGGCUUACACCGACGAACUCGUCAAGACAGCUAAAACAAUUGCAUCCCCUGGUCGUGGUAUUCUCGCUAUCGAUGAAUCAAAUGCCACUUGUGGAAAGAGAUUAGCAUCCAUAGGUUUGGACAACACUGAGGUGAAUAGACAAGCUUACAGGCAACUCUUGCUAACUACUCCCGGCCUCGGUGAAUACAUCUCCGGCUCCAUUCUCUUCGAGGAAACACUCUACCAGUCCACAACAGAUGGGAAGAAGUUUGUUGACUGUUUGAAGGAGGAGAAUAUCGUGCCAGGAAUUAAAGUUGAUAAGGGUUUGGUUCCUUUGCCCGGGUCCAACAAUGAGUCUUGGUGCCAAGGUUUAGAUGGGUUGGGUUCAAGAUCUGCUGAGUACUACAAGCAAGGUGCUCGAUUUGCUAAAUGGCGAACAGUUGUUAGCAUUCCAUGUGGUCCUUCUGCUCUAGCUGUGAAGGAAGCUGCUUGGGGACUCGCCCGUUAUGCUGCUAUUUCUCAGGACAAUGGUCUUGUGCCCAUUGUGGAGCCUGAGAUUCUUCUUGAUGGUGACCACCCAAUUGAGAGGACCUUAGAAGUUGCUGAGAAGGUCUGGUCUGAAGUCUUCUUCUACUUGGCCGAAAACAAUGUGGUGUUCGAAGGAAUUCUUCUUAAGCCCAGCAUGGUUACCCCUGGUGCCGAGCACAAGGAGAAGGCUACCCCAGAGACGAUUGCUAAAUACACUCUCACAAUGCUCAAGAGAAGAGUUCCUCCUGCUGUUCCAGGAAUUAUGUUCCUGUCCGGAGGCCAAUCUGAAGCCGAGGCAACCUUGAACUUGAAUGCAAUGAACCAGAGCCCCAACCCAUGGCACGUAUCCUUCUCCUAUGCCCGUGCCCUGCAAAACUCCGUGCUAAAGACAUGGCAAGGACGCCCCGAGAAUGCGAAAGCUGCACAAACAUCAUUGUUGAUCCGUGCAAAGGCGAACUCAUUGGCUCAGCUCGGAAGGUACUCGGCAGAAGGUGAAAGCGAGGAGGCCAAGAAGGGAAUGUUCGUCAAGGGCUACACCUACUAAGCCUCAGAACUCAGAAGUUCAGAACAAGAGACACUUUCAUGCGUAAUUUGCAUUUGAAAGUGUGUAAUCCUGCGAAAGUUACCUCUUUUUUUUGGGUUUUUUAUUUUUGUAAUCUUUGGUUAGUUUUUACUACCAUUGUUAGAUAAAAGCCUUUUCCUUUCUUCUUCACUGCACCUCCUGUUUUUUUUAAGUUGAUACUAGAGUGCUUGAAUAAUACCAGUGAACAAGGAAAUGUUUUUGAAUUGUUAGAUAGGGAGAAGCUAAAGAUUAUAUGAACUCAUUUUAUUAUAAUUUAUGGUUUGCAAAAAUAA